GCUGCAUGACUGUGGAGGUGGAGCAGUGUCUGGAAGAAAGGCUGGGUGCCAAGGAUCUGGGUAGAGGUGCAUGAGGGAUUCCUCCCGGAGGCGUGCCACAGCCUGCCCAGGCUGAGUCCAGCAGCAGAGACCCCAAUUGGGCUGUCUGGUGGUGUCCUGGCCACCCUAUAUAUCCUGCGUGGUAUCUACCAUGGGAAAUCCUGCCUCGCGACUGGGCUGCCUGGGGGACAGGAGAAGCCGUUCGGGCACCGGCCCCAGGGCCCAAGGGGGACCCCCUUCACCCAUCGCCUCCCAGGGCCCACUCCCACCAGGGAUCCCCUGGGCCUGGUGGGGCCCUCAUGCUGUCCAGGUGACAGAAGUGACCGAGACGGUAGUAACGGAGACAGUGGUGACUGAGGCUGUGGAGGUGCCGCCCUGCUGUCAAGGAAGACAGCCAGCCCAGGUACCUCGAGCACCCUUGGAUACACUGUGUAGCUGGCUGGAUGGCAUGGAGGAGUUGCAAGCCUCCCAGGGGCCCCUAUCCACUGAUGCCGCUUUGGCUACUGCCCAGCUUCGGGAGCAGGAGCUACUCCUGCGCCUGCUGAGGGAACGGACGCCACAGGUGGAGCCGAGGCUGCAGGAGACUGGGUGUCCAGCAGAGCUGUGUGCACAGUGGCAUCGCUUGAUAGAGCAGGCAGAAGCCAGGUGGGGGCUCCUGGAGCAGCUUGUCCCAGCAGUGCGGAGUUUUGAAGCGGCUCGCGAGGCUUUCCUGAAGCAGCUGAGCCCCGGUGGGCGGCUCCUGGCUGAGCUGCACCUGAGGCCUACGGGCCUUGAGGGAGCCUUGCAGCACCUGCAGCUCGUGUGUGACGGAGCUGUGGCUCAUGCUGGGGACCUGGAGAGAGUUUUGCACACUGGCCGAAGGCUGGCUGAGCUGCUCACAGAGGACCAAGCUCAGCUGGUUCAGCAGCAGUUGGACCAGCUCCAGGAGCUGGUGAGGCCAACGGUGUCCAGAACGGCCUACGCGCACCACAAGCUGCCACAUGACCCAAGGACAAGGUCCCUCGAGCCUUCACCGCCAACAGCCCUGGAGGUCCAGCUUGACCUGCAAGGGUCAGCCUCAGAGCACCCAGGUUUCACGAACCAGAAGCAGCUGAGUGUCCAGCUUGUGCAGCUGGCAGAGCAACUUGAGCAGCUAGCACAGUGGACACAGACCCCUAGCCAGGCAGCAGCACCUACAGUGCCCAUCUGGAAAUGGAUCCUCUCACCAGUUGUGCUUCAGGCAGAGAUGGAACCCCUGGUAGGGUACUGGUCAGAGACUGAGGAGCAGGAUGUGCUGAAGGCUAUACCGGGGACAGCUGAGCAGAUCUGGUAUGGCCUAACAGAGCAGGUGACCAUGGAGAAGGAACAACAGCCUGAGGAUGGCCGGAAAACAGCCUUGCAGGGCAGACAGGACACCAGGGUCGUCUGCUGGCAGGAGCUCCCGUGGGGACAACAGGCCCUAGCAAUGUCUUGGCCUAGGAGGGGCCCAGACCUGACAGAAGGGGCUACCUAUGAGUUCACCUGCCACCUGGCUCGGCUGAUGGAGCUGUUGGGCUGUCAGGCCAUCAUGUCCAGCCCCUCCAGGGAGCGGAUGCAUACCCUGGAGGGGAUGCUACUGCUUGUGACCCACUUUGUAGAAAAUCUACUGACAUGCUCCCACAGGCUGUAUCAGACUGAACCCCUGGAGACUAAGGCAGGAGUGAUGGCUAGAGACUCUGGCCUACACAGUGAUGUGGACCAACCCAGGGUGUUGCAGACCCGGGAUUGGGUGCUGGAGAAGCUGCCUGGGCUGAAGCAUAAGACUGGAGGCCUAGGGGAAGCACUGGCUCUGAGGUGUCCUGACCAGGGGGGGUCUGGGCACCUGUGGAAUAGAGCCCAGGCUUGCCUCCUGAAGAUGUCCUCAGGAGAUCUGAGCUGGAGGCCUUGGUGGACAGAGACCACCAUAAACAGCUGGAGCCAUGGGAAGUCAGAGCCCAGGGAGAGGAGCCAAGAGGACAAGAACCAGUGGGUGCCACUGCAGCAGGGCCACCUGGAGCAGCAGGACCUUAUGGACAGUCUCCUGACCUCUGGGGAACAGGACAGGUGUGGACAAGGCUGCAUGUGGAGGAAACAUGGGCCCUCUCCUGAGCUCUGCACCAUUUUGGGGCCAGGGGUCCCCAACAGCCAGCAACAGCCACACAGCAGGAUCAGAUCAAGAGACAUAGAGGGCACAAGUACUCCAGUAGCAAGAGGCAGGCUCAAGGUCCAGGGAGCCUCGAUAGCACGGGGAGCCCUGAUGGUUCGUGUUGGAGGGGGUUGGGCAGCUCUGGAUGAGUUUCUGGUCAAGAAUGACCCCAACAGAGCAAAGGGGAGGACCAGCCAGAAGAUCCAUGAGAGGUUCCUGUGCUGGGAUCCCAGUAGGCCAGCCUCUGAGGUCAUCGCCCUGAGGCUCUGGACCUCCAUCCGCAUAGCUAGCAGACCUCUGUCUCAGAAGACAGGAUUGCCAACUGGCCAGACACACAGAGACCCCAGAUCCUACAAGGUCAAGGCCUCGGAGCACCCCAGUGAGGAGAACCCCUGAUGACCCCAGGCUCCAGCAGACACUGGACAGUAAGCAGCUGUGGAGCAGCUCGGGAAGUGAGCAGGAGCUGGUGGACACAGACCCCAGCACGCGGGGUUAUCUGCGGGUUUGCGUGCCCGGCAAUAAAGUGAAGUU